AGGUAUUAUCGUGGUGCUGUAGGGGCGUUGGUUGUAUAUGAUAUAACUAAACAGUUAACAUUUGAAAGUCUGGAGAAAUGGUUAGAAGAAUUACGAGAACAUGCAGAUCCUAAUUGCAGAAUUAUGUUAGUAGGCAAUAAGAUAGAUCUGAAUCAUCUCAAAGAGGUU